CAGCACGGCACUGAGGAGCACAUUGCACCGUGAAGAAGAAGAAGGAGGAGGACAGCAGCAACAGAUAGGCCACAGCAGGAGUUGUUGCAGGAAAAGGAGCAUCUGUGGAGGGGUCAUUGUCCUGUUGGAACACCCAACUGUGCCCAAGACCCAACCUCCGGGCUGAUGAUUUUAGGUUGUCCUGAAGAAAUUGCAGAAAAGACAUUGUGGCUUUAACUCCGAGGAGAAGACGCCGAGGCCUGUAAUUGUGUGUGACUUGGCGGGGCGUUGAUUGGACAGUGAGCGAUGAUGGACGUGCAGCGACAGCAGACUGGCAGUAGGGGGCGGUGCUCCAGCAUCCUCCCCCCUGUCCUCCCCCUCUCCCUUCUCCUCCUACUCACCCUGGCAAGCCACCCCAGCCAAGCAGCCAUACACAUUCCACCCAACUACCACAUAAGUGACCUCAAGAGGCCUCCAGCCAUUACCACACAGCCGGGGUCAGUCACCGUUUUCAGCGUUGAAGACCUCGUCAUGACCUGCGAAGCCUCUGGCAACCCUCCACCCAUUUUCCGAUUUACGAAGGAUGGAGAGGAGUUUGAUCCAGGCACCGACCCCGAGCUGAAAGUGACUGAGCGCCCCGGUUCGUUCGCCUUCUACACGCUCAGUAACACAAUGGACGCCAUGAAGCAGUACCAGGGCAAAUACGUGUGUUACGCUUCCAACGAGCUUGGCACGGCCCUCUCCGGUGAGGCCAUAAUCAACACUGAUGUCCCACCAACACAGCAGAAAGAGAAAAAAGUGCAUGUGAGGUCUGGGGAGGGAAGCAGUAUUGUUCUGAAGUGUAAACCCCCCCACAGCUCGAUGGAGCCCAUCAUUCACUGGAUGGACUGGAGGCUCCAUCACAUCCAGCUGAGUGAGCGGGUGAUGGUGGGCAAAGAUGGUAACCUCUAUUUUGCCCACCUUAAAAAGGAGGACAGCAGGGAUGACUACACCUGCAAUGUCCAGUACCUUGCCACUCGCACCAUCCUGGCCAAAGAGCCUGUCACUCUGACCGUCAACCCAUCCAACUCAGUACUGCGGAACAGGAGGCCCCAUAUGAUGAGACCUACUGGAAGCCACAGCACUUACCAUGCACUCAGGGGCCAGACCCUAGAGCUGGAGUGCAUCAUCCAAGGCUAUCCAACUCCCAAAGUGUUGUGGGUUAGGAAAGACGGGGAAAUGUCGGAAUCCCGCACCGACAAAGAGAUGUUUGACCGCCGUCUACGCUUCACCAAUAUCUCUGAGAGUGAUGCAGGGGAGUAUCAGUGUAUAGCUGACAAUUCCCAAGGGAAGACCACACACACUUACACGGUGGCUGUGGAAGCUGCUCCCUAUUGGACAAAAGAGCCAGUCAGCCAAUUAUAUGCUCCAGGUGAGGAUGUCAGACUAGACUGCCAGGCAGAAGGCAUUCCUACUCCAACCAUCACCUGGAUGAUCAACGGAAUCCCCCUCUCAUCGACUGACAGAGACCCUAGACGUACUGUAACAGCCAGUGCCUCACUCAUCCUGAGAGAUGUCAAUUUUGGAGACACUGCAAUCUACCAGUGCCAGGCCUCCAAUAAACACGGAACAAUUCUCAUCAACACUAACAUUUAUGUCAUUGAGCUGCCUCCCCAGAUCCUGACUGAGGAUGGCAACACCUACACUGUUACCGAGAGCCAGAAGGUGUUGCUUGAGUGUGAAAGCUUUGGAUCUCCUAAACCAAAAGUCAUAUGGAACGGUGGGAGCACCUCCACCCUUCUGGCAGAUUCCAGAGUGAACCCUCUCACCACCGGGGGACUGGAGAUCUUCAAUGUCACACACGAUGACGAGGGCUUCUACACUUGCUCUGUGCAGAACACCAACCUGUCCAUCAGUGCGGCACUGGAAGUGCUUAACAGGACCGUGAUCCUAUCGCCUCCUCAGGCUCUGAAGGUGCAGCCCGGACAAGCUGCCAUCUUUACUUGUCUUUCUCUUGUGGACCCCAAGCUCGCCUCGCCACUUAUUCAGUGGAGAAAGAACGACCACAAGCUGUUUGCGUCUGAAAGUGAUGAAAAGUACACAUUCGAAGGACCGGACUUGAUUAUUGCUAAUGCAGAACCUGAUGAUGAAGGAAAUUACACUUGUCAGGUCAUCACUAAUCUGGACAUGGCCGAAGCGACCGGAACACUCACUCUAUAUGAUCGCCCAGAUCCGCCUGUCCUCCUACAACUUACACAACCUAAACAACGUACAAUCGCCCUCAGCUGGACUCCUGGAGAUGAACACAACAGCCCAGUGAUAGAGUAUGUGAUUGAGUUUGAGGAUCAAGUAUCAAAUGAGAAGGGUUGGGAAGAGUUGAGCCGAGUAUCAGGGAACACAGAGCGUGCCAGUCUCUCUCUGUGGCCCUACAUGUCUUAUCGUUUCCGCGUUAUUGCCAUCAACGAAGUAGGCAAGAGCGCUCCCAGCAAGGUGUCUGAAAUCUACAACACAGCUGCUGAAGUGCCAGACAAUAACCCUGAAGAUGUCAGGAGUGAGUCCGUUGACCCAGAUACGCUUGUCAUCACCUGGGAGGAAAUGGAUAAACGGGACUUCAACGGGCCGGACUUCAAGUACCGCGUCCUGUGGAGGCGGGUGGUGGGCAGCGGGCCCACCUGGCACACCAACUACACGACAGUGCCACCAUUAGUUGUUAGUGGAAUUGGCAACUUCUCCGCAUUUGAGAUCAAAGUGCAGGCUAUUAACGAAAAGGGCGGGGGGCCUGAGCCGGACCCUGUUAUUGGCUACUCAGGAGAGAAUGUUCCACUGGAGGCCCCCAUGAAUGUAGGCGUCGUCCUACUGAACAGCACUGCCAUCAGGGUGACCUGGGCUGCUAUAGAUAGAGAGACCGUCAGAGGACACCUGCUCGGCUACAAGAUUCACUUGACCAGGGUCGGUUCUCGGAGCCACCACAGAGCUCGAAGGGAGCCCGCCAUCACUGUUGUCUUGGCGACUGGGGCCAACGAGGAGAGGAAGGUGAUCGGCGAUCUCCAACCGUACUCCCACUACACCUUGACCGUCAGCGUGUACAACACCAAAGGAGACGGCCCGCCUUGUGAGACGCUGUCAUUCAACACUGCUGAGGGAGUUCCUCAUCCUCCAACAUCCCUGACCCUGGACAGUCCAUCUGAGAUGGAAAUGACCCUGCGCUGGACACCACCCAGUCAACCUAAUGGGAUUCUAAUUGGAUACCUGUUGCAGUACCAACGGAUUGUAGAAAGUGACGACAGCCCCAUGCAGGCGGAGGCAAUUGCCGAUCCAAAAGUGAGCCACCUCACCCUGAAGGGCCUGGAUCGCCACAGCCACUACCGCUUCUACCUGAGGGGGCGCACUGCCACAGGGGAUGGUGAGCCCAUCAUGAGGGAGGGUGCCACCACACUUGAUGGAGCACCCCCAGUCAACAUCAGCGUGCUUUCUGGCGAUAACGUUGCCAACAUCAGCUGGGUGGCCAAGAAGAGGCACAGGAAUGUUCGAUUCCAGAUCCACUAUCUUAGGGAGAAUGAUGCUGAUAAAUGGAAGAACACAGAAAAGGUGGACUCCUCCCAGUCCUUCUACCAGCUCCAGGACCUGAGACCUGGCUCCCAUUACCAACUGCGAUUCACCCACAGCAAUGUCACCUUCUUCCAGACUGAGAUUGACACAAUUGGAACAGAAGUGACGGAGGUGCAGCCGGGCUUCGCCACCCAGGGAUGGUUCAUCGGCCUUGUGAGCGCCAUCGUGCUGCUGCUGCUCAUACUGCUCAUCCUCUGCUUCGUGAGAAGAAACAAAGGGGGGAAGUACUCAGUGAAAGACAAAGAAGAAGGCCCCAUGGACUCUGAGGCCCGACCAAUGAAGGACGAGACUUUUGGAGAGUACAGAUCUCUAGAAAGCGACCUGGAGGAGAAGCGUACGGCCAGCCAGCCAUCCCUGUGCGAGGAGAGCAAGCUGUGCAGCGAGGACAACCUGGACUUCAACGGCAGCAGCGUGCUGACCACAGAGAUCAACCUGGAUGAGUCGCUGGCCAGCCAGUACAGUCGGCCCAGCGAGGGCCGGGAAGUACCGGAUAACUCCCCGCUUAACCCCACCAUCGAUACCCCCGCCGCCAAUGGCCUGCCAAACCAAGUCACCAUCCUCGAUUAGCCUCUACGCAUCGGCGCAGGAACCAUCAGACCAAAACAUGUCAACACAUACGUGCCCAUACGCUCCUUUUCCCUGCUGAGUAGUUUGACAACUAACACGCAAUCAAUGUAUUGACAAUUCAGACGCUUGUGGUAUCAUCUGAUGGACUUGGAAUGUUCUGACCAAAGUAGUGGACAAUGUGACAUCAAUCUGACUAACUUUAACUCUCCCCUGGUCCUCCUUCAUCGCUGUAACACUUUCUUUUCUUUAUCUUUUCUCGUCUCAAAAACAGAAUGUCGUGCAGUAGAAAGGGUGCUGUAAAUAUACGGAGGAGCAGCUUCAGAGUGAAAGUGAAGCAUGAUGGGAUACAGAUGGCACACCCUGCUGCUGCUGUGACACAUCGUAGAUAUUUAUCACCUUUUCUUUAAUUUGAUGGUUUCGCACAAUGUAAUUGCCAAUGAUGUGUUACAAGUGUGUUUGAAUCCUUGUCACUAUUUCCAACACUAUUUACAGUAUAGAAAAACGCCCUAUCCAUAUAUUUUGUGGACAUGACCAAGAGAACUGAAGCCAGGUUUCGUACCGUAAACAACACAGAAUGCAUUAAGAGGAACUUGCUGUUAAAAUGCAGAGUAGCAUCUGGUGUAUAUAUUUGCAUCUAAAUGUAUCUAUCUAGCCAUAUUACAGUAUUAUAGCUCCUGGUCCUUAUAAGUUCCUGUGCCUGCUGGGUUUUGCAUAGCGCACCAGAUUGAUGUCAUGACUUGCUCGCCUUUCCACCUCAAGUUUAAUGUCCAUAUUGUGAAAUGAUGUUGUAAUUUUUUGUGUCAAGACCUAUGUGUACCUUUUUGUAUCUUGUCUUUGUUUCUGUCUACAUGUCCUGGCGUCCCUUCAUACCUCUCCAUAUGUCCCACUCCCAUCUGUUCUGAGGAGCAGUAUCUUGUGUAUGCUUGCAGAUAAUGGCUAAACACUCCCACUUUCCUGACUGUCAUUAACACAGUCUAAUAUUGCAGACAGGCAAGAUGAUUGACAGUCUUUGCAUAAUAAAGACAGUUGUUUUUUUCACAGGGAAUGUAUUUGUUUAAGUGCUGACAUUGUAUUUACACUUAAGCGCAACAAUUAUUCAGGCCAUGACCAAAUGUUAAGUUAAAAUUAUUGUUUUAUUUGAUGAAUGGGUACCUUUUAGCCAUGAGAAAUGAAGUCAAAGACCAAUAGGUGCUGUGGUAAUAAUGUUUACUAAAAUAAAACAAGUUUUUAUUUUUUUCUAUUUUCCCAUCUAAAUGUCUAAAUGUUGUAGUUUAGUGGUUCUCAAACCUUUUUCCAUCAAGUACCACCUUAGAAAAAACUUGGCUCUCCAACUACCACCAUAAUGACCUACAUUAAAAUACAGCAGCGUAGUAGGCCUAAGUAUUCAUUAAAACAAGGCAGAGGUUUUAUGUAAGUAUAUUUAAUAAUUCUGGCCAUUGUUACAUUACAUACAGUUUUAAAAUGUUAAGAUAUAGGAAAAUAAAACACUGUACUUUUAUUGACUCGAUGGAGCCUGUGUGCCACUAAUGGUACACGUACCACAGUUUGAGAAUCCCUGUUGUAGUUAGGGGGUUGCAAUGUUAAACAUUUUUGGAUAAUGAAUUGGAAUAUUUUUACAAUUUCCAACGGUAAAAAUACAUAUUUUUCAUAUUUGUGAUACAUUUUAUUAAAUACAAUGUAUACAACACAACCUCCAACAGUCUUUUCCCAAAAGUAAUUUCCCAAAGUUAAAAAAUAUAUAUAUUUUUCUUCAUUUUAAAGAAAACAUUUUUUUAACACAACCUCUAUAAUACUUUUCCACAAGACAGUAAACUUACCUUCAACCCAAGAUUAUUAAUUACAAUUUAUUCAACAUAAUCUUCAACAGAAUAUUUUCCCAAAUUAGGAAAAAAGGAAGUUAGAUGUUUUUCCUAUUUUUUUAAAUCCAAUUUUUUUUUUAAACAUAAGAUUAAAUAUAUUCAACACAACCUGCAAUAUAUUUGUCUUAGCUAUAAAAUGACCCUUUAACAAGACCCAAAAAUGACCUUCAACCCAUGAUUUGGCCAUGCUAUGAAUCAUUUUCUGGCUUAAUUGUACUACAACGAGAUGUUAUUAUGUUGAUGCAUAGAGCAGGACCUUUUCUUCCCCUAAACAAUUUAAAUACAUCACCUAGAAGACUGCGAUGCAGAACCCAACUGUGGCCGCUAUGAAAAAAAUGUGCAGGUAUAAAAUGUUUGAGCAUCACUUCAAAGCAAAUUGUCUUAUUUUGUUUCUUUUUUGUACUAUUUCUUUUGUUAUGGGCAAGCAGUAAAAUAUGGCUGUUUAGAGAAAAAAAUGAGGAUGAAAAAAAAUAAAAUUAUUAAAAAUCUGCAUUUUUGGUAGAUGUUUGCAAUAUUUAUGGCUAAUUGUACAUUGUUGUCACUUCAGUGAAUGCACUGCAGUGAAGUGAAUAUCUGUGUUUCUUUUGUCUGAUGCGGUCACCACAGGGAGCAACUAGAAGCAACGUGGCUAUCUCACUUCUCUCGAUUUAUAAAAGAAACAAACCAGGGAUCACCUGACCAUCCCAGCACUACUAAAGGCUGCGAUAAAGCAACUCCUGGUUGCCGGUUAGUUUACAGACACACUCAUACAUGCACACACUCAGGAUAAGAAGGAUCUUAUAUUUUAACAGGGAUGUUGCUCUUCUUGCAAAAGUAGUCAUAGACUUGAAUGACACACAGAUACUCACUGGACUGUCUGCUUUUACAUGUCAAAGAUGUUUUUUGGUUGACACCUCAUCGUUCCCAUAUCCUUUUUAAACAAAAAAAUGACUAAAAUCAGUAAAUCCGUGUAGAGGUGAGAUGAGGUCACAACCUGAGGAGCCAUAAGGGGGUGUAUGUCACUGCUGCUUUGGAAACGUGUCUCUUUUUAGUGGUGAACACACCUUGGUGCAAGCUGUAAGUGGAUACGCCACAUACAAAUCUCCAUGGGGCCAAUGCAACUGUAACUGCACCAUCAAUCAACUAAUGUAACUGGAUAUGACUGAACAAUAAUAAAAUAUGUGGAAAAAUCUA